UUUUCCUUCACUAUUUUCCGUUCUCGUGCAGAUCAGAAGGAUAUCCAAAGGUUGUUACAUUAAACUGAGAACUGCUCUCUCUACGUUUCGCUCUGAAAAUGGAUGACGAGGAAAUAGACUUUAAGGUGGAAGCGGAGAUGGUGAUAGCUGACAUAGGAUUCGCAGUAGAAGAGAUGAGCAUCUCCAACAAAUUACCCUCUUCCCGCGAAUAUGUUUACUUGAAUAUUUUAACUAAAGAGCACAGAAGUAUUUGCGUCGAACUAAGUGUAUUAGGAUUUCGGAUUGUUGGCGAAAAAUUUGACGACAAUCAAGAAAACAGUAAUUCCAAAUACUAUGAAACAAUCUAUGCCUUAUUAGACUCCACGAGUCCAGGAUAUACAAAGUCAUUUGGUGAAGCAUUGGUCAGGAAGCUGUCAUCACUACAAAGUCCUACUAGUGAAGAUUUAGAAAUACCUGAUGAGUGUGCUGAUGAAGCUGCAUGUUCAUAAUGACAUAACAUUGAGACUACAGGAGUAUACAGUGUGUUUGUGAAACAUUUUCUACUUCAUAAUUUUUAAAAUUACUCUUUUUAUCCUUUGAAAAGGCAACCUUCUUGAGCUAAAGAAAUAGUUUAGUUCUUUGUCAGCUAGAAAUUUUUAGAAUUUGUAAACAUUAAAGAUUACAUACCCUUUUAUGGUACGCAGUAUGUUAUAUAAAGAGACUCACAAUAGUUUACAUACAAGAAAUUGUUACUACUGUGAAACUCAGGAAAGCACAAACAUUUUGAUUCUGUAGAGCCAGUUGUACUACCAGAAAAUUAUUACUUAAUAAAUGUUGUUUGAGGUUUUGUAUUCUCACUCCUAAUUGGUUAUUUAAAACACAGUUAACAUUUCAUGAAUAUUUCUUUGUUUGUGGUAUUCAGAGUUUCACAGUAAACCAGGGAACAUCACCUGGAAAGUAGAUAAACAUUGCCACCUUCUACAAACAUAGCAAAUGAUAACAUUGGACUUUUUAAUUAACCUUUGUAAACUUUUUAUAGGCUCAUAAAUCUGUUGUAGAAAAGUAAUUUAAAAUCAAAAUCAUACCAUAUUUAAUAUAUUGUGGCUUGUUAUUUAGUAACUGGUAAGUGACAAUUGUAAAGGUCAAGCCUGUCUGAGAUAUAAUUUAAUAAUAUAAUAUUCCUGUUGGUGGUAUGGGGAUGAUAUGGAUCACGACAAAGUAACAGUAAAGAAAAAUAUAUUUAAGCAUUGUCAUUUUUCCACAUUUUUAUAUUCUUGAAUAUUUGAUUAUUUAACAGUUUUUAUUGUUCUGUCUUUUUUCAUAAAGAUCAUUGUUUUGCUGAGUUAUUAAUUGGUAAAUUAUAAUUACCAGUGCAAGCAAGUUUUUAAAUUUCAAAUGUAUAUUUGUUGAAAAUCGAAGUGAUGAGCAUCAGUCAAUAAAUUUGUUCCAAAUGGUGAUCUCUCAUUUGGUCAAUUUUAUUUGAUGACUGUUGAUUAGAUUUUUUCAUGACUUGUUUCGAAGUGGGAGUGAUUAGUUUUGUUGUGAAGGACAGAGGCUUAGAAUUGGAAUCUUCAAACACAUUACACCAUGUAAACAAGGAUAAGUGAUAUACAUUUUAGCUUUAUCUGGUAGCAAAAGAAAAUUGGGGGACACAAAAACAAUUACACGCUAAAGAAAUUUAACUAUCACCGAAAUAAUCAUGCAGGGCCACAUUACUGUAUUCAUCAGCAUGAAAAGCUGCAAUAAAGAUACUUUGGUCCUUCCA